ACCUAGGCCAAGUCUUCUUUGCAAACACUACCACCACCACCAGCUCCCACUAACCCAAAGAGAUUAAUUUCAGUCAACGGAGGACCCCGCUGAGCGACUGCCAUGGAGAUGAAGAUGGCCGUCGGCGCGGCCAACUGGCUCGUCGGUAAGGUGCUCACCAAGCUGUUCGACCCGCUGGUGUCCACCUACAUGGCCAGCUCUGAGCUCGGCAGCAACUUCCUGACCGCCAAGAACCAGCUGCAGUACACACAGGGGCUGCUGUCCGCAUCCGUGGGCAGGGACGUGGGCGACGAUCCUGGCCUGCGCGGACUGCUGGGGACGCUGAGCAAAAAGGCCGACGAGGCUGAAGACGUGCUCGAUGAGCUCCACUACUUCAUGAUCCAGGACGAGGUCGAUGGCACCAAGGAGGCUGCUGCGGAGGUGGGCGGCGGCAUCCAGGGCCAUUCGGUCCAUGGACGCCAUGUUGCUCGCUACACCCUCGGCAACUGCCUUCCGUGCUUUUCAUCUCCGCGCACUCUAGCUGAUGGUCCUCCUCCUGCAGUUGCUGCUGCGGAGGUGGGCGGCAGCAGCCAUGUUUCUCGCUACACCCUCGGUAACUGCCUCCCGUGCUUCUCAUCACCGCGCACUCAAGGUGAUGAUCCUCCUCCAGCAGUUGUUGUUGCUGCUGCUACCAGUAGUGAAGACAUGCCUGGUGCUAGUAAUGAUGAUGGCGAUGUUGAUAUUAAGUUUCCAUUCAACAGAGUAGCCAUGUCCAAGAAAAUCAAGUCCGUAAUAGAGGAGAUGAACUCCAUAUGCAUACUUGUCUCUGACCUGCUCAAAACUGCAAACCACAACAGCACUCCAUUAAGCACACAUGUCACCAUUGAAAGGCCUCCCACUGGUUCAAUAGUUCCACAACACAGAAAACUGUAUGGAAGGAAUGACAUUUUUGAGCAAACUGUAAAUGCACUCACCAGUGGCACACACCGUGAUAAAAUCCUCUCUGUCCUGCCUUUCGUUGGCCCUGGGGGCAUCGGAAAGACCACCUUCACACAGCACCUGUAUAAUGAUGAAAAGAUCAAGGGGCACUUCCCUGUCAGGGUCUGGGUAUGUGUCUCAACUAAUUUUGAUGUGAUUAGGCUCACACGCGAGAUACUUGGCUGCAUAUCUGGAAUUAAUGCCAGCACAUAUGAAACAACAAACUUAGACCAACUUCAAAGAGCCAUUGCAGAGAAACUGGACUCCAAAAGGUUCUUAAUUGUGUUGGAUGAUGUGUGGACAUGCAAGAGUGAGCGCGAUUGGGGAAACCUAUUAGCCCCAUUCACAAUGGGGGAAACCAAGGGCAGCAUGGUUCUUGUCACAACUCGAUUGCCAUCUGUAGCACAGAUGGUCAAAACAACUGAUCCAGUUGAACUGCAUGGUUUAAAGCCUGAUGAAUUCUUUGCACUGUUCGAAGCAUGUAUAUUUGGUCAAAACAAACCUAGGCUUUAUGAUGAUGACUUAGUUAAUGUUGCAAGAGAUAUUGCAAAGAAACUGAAGGGUUCACCGCUGGCAGCAAAUACAGUUGGUCGGUUGUUGAAGAAAAAUAUCUCUUGGGAAUGUUGGAUGGGAAUUCUUGAAAAUAAUGAAUGGCACAGUGCAAAAUAUGAUGAUGAUAUUUUGCCAUCUCUGCAAAUCAGCUAUAAUUACCUUCCUUUCCAUCUACAGAAAUGCUUUUUCUAUUAUGCCCUCUUCCCAGAAGAUUACAAGUUUUAUGAUUUAGAAAAAAAUACUAAUUUCUGGAUCGCAAUGGGUAUUGUAGACUCGAAUAGCCAAACUGAUAAGAAUUACUUAGACGAACUAGUGGAAAAUGGUUUUCUCAUAAAAAACCGUGAUUGGGAUGGUGACUACUAUGUGAUGCAUGAUUUAUUGCAUGAACUGUCUCGGAAUGUUUCGUCACAAGAGUGUGUGAACAUAAGUAGUUUAAGUUUCAGAGUCAACGACAUACCACAAUCUAUUCGGCACUUAUCAAUCACCGUAGAAGAUAAAUAUGAUCAAAGUUUUGGUCGAGAAAUAUGUAAACUGAGGAGUGUAAUAGACAUUGGAAAUUUGCGUACUUUGAUGGUUUUUGGACCACAUGAUGCAGAAACAGGUGAUAUUCUGAGAGAUGCAUUUGAAGGAAUAAAGAGUCUUCGAGUUCUAUUUAUACCUAGUCUCCCAGGCAGUUUGCCAAAAAGCUUUUCAAAUCUUAUCCACCUCCAAUACCUUAAACUCACGCAACCUCAUGGGAUGUAUUAUCAUCGUUCACCUAGAACAUUACCAAGAUUUUACCACUUGAAAUUCUUGGACGUCUAUAGUUGGCACAUUAUUAUAAAUUUUUUCCCUAAAAGCAUUAGCCGCCUCGUGAGUUUACACCAUAUUUAUUCUUCCAAAGAAUUCCAUUCCAGCAUCCCUGAGAUCGGAAAGAUGAAGUGGUUACAAGAGCUAAGAGAAUUUCAUGUUAAGAAGGAAAAUGUUGGAUUUGAAUUGAGCCAGCUGGGGGAAUUGACAGGGCUUGGACAGCUUGCUAUAUGCAAUCUUGAAACCGUGGCAUCUAAAAAAGAAGCUAAUGAUGCUAAAUUGAAGGAUAAAAGAAAUCUGAAAGAAUUGGCAUUAGUUUGGGGUGCAGGGCAACAUAUUACAGAUGGUGAUAUUCUCGAGGGUCUUCAACCACCCCCAAAUCUUAGAGAGCUUGGCAUUAAAAAUUAUGGUUUUGCCGUUGGUCCUAGCUGGUUGUGCAGUGACAUUAGCAUAAAAAGGCUGGAGUCUCUACAUCUGAAGGGUAUAUCUUGGGACACUCUUCCACCUUUUGAACAGUUACCACACCUCACCAACCUCAAACUGAAUAAUAUUGCUGGGAUGCGUGUGUUUGGGCCUGGAUUUGGUGGUCUUACAGAGAGAAGUUUUAUGCACCUGAAGACAGUUAUCAUUGUGAAAAUGCGAGAACUUGAGGAAUGGGUUGGGGGACCCAACAGCCCUUUGUUUUCAAGGCUUGAAAGCAUUGUAUGCAAAUAUUGCCCCCUUCUGUCCUCGUUUUCCUUCUUGGAGUGCUGUACCAAACUUUGUCAACUUUAUAUUUCUAACUGCCCAAAGUUGUCUCAGUUGCCCCCUCUGCCUCAUACUUCUACACUAACAUACUUUUCGGUGAACGAAGGGUAUUACAGAGGUUUGAUAGCCGCCGUUCCUUCCUUCUUCCACAAGCCCCUGCUUGCCGCCGCUGCACUUUCGCUGCCCUUUCCCUUCCACCGCUCGUAG